GCUCAAUUCUAGUUUCUCCGAUCUUAAACGAGGGCACAGCGAUCUCCGUCACCAGUUCACUGAGAUGGAAACGAAGUACAGAUCUGUCAACGAAACCAAGGCUCAAAUCUGUGAAUUGUCGACCAGCAGAAGAGAGCAAGCGUGUUCCCAGGAUUGGAUCAGAAAUGAAGACCGGUGUUAUUUCAUAUCGACUUUUACAAUACCUUAUGAUGGAGCGAAAGAACUUUGUUCUCACUUGGAUUCAAAGCUUCUUGAAAUAAAUUUUAUAGAAGAAGAGAAAUUUGUUAUCAAAGCUGUCAGCGAACAAGACAAUGCAUUCUGGAUCGGAAAAUGCAAAACUGGGGAAGAGGCCUCUAACGUCGUGUACAAGAUGAGCGCUGGAAAGUUCGAAUGCGGUGAAUGUAAAUCUCCUCGGAUUGGCAGUUGCAAAGAUGAUCUGCACCGUUUCAUUUGUGAGAAGCCUGCACCUUUGUGGUCGGAUAUUCCUGAAAAUAUCCGGGAUCUGUGUCAAAAGCUCGUGGGGCCGACUUAAAUCUAGUGACAACAAACUCUUCCCUCCAGCACAACUCCCUCACAUACUCUGACUCCAUCUCCUCUGCCCCUCGCCCUUACCCUAUUCUUCUCUUUCCACCUAUGGCACUCUUAGUCGGCAUCUCGCUCUCUCUUUACCCUCGAACCUCCAAACUCGCUCUCUCUCUCAUAACUCCUCCACUGCUGUCUCUCCUUAUUUCAUUCCCAUAUUCCUUCCCUUCACUUUCUUGCCUCCCUCUCCCAGUAUCUAAGGACUGUAUCACAUGUUUACCACCUGACUCAUUAUCUGUAACUUAUCCGCCUUGAACUUUGUACCUUUGUAUGAUCAGUACGUGGCAUGAAUGUUAAAUUAAUGUAAGGUGCAAAAAGUUAA